UAAAUAUUGUGUUAGAUGAGUUUCACCAAAAAUGACUGAUUUCGGGAGAACCAGGUUCGGUUUUUGAGUGGAAUAAUUUCUUGAUCAGACUUUACUUACAUAGCUGUCGAAGAAAUGAGUGUAGAAUGUAGAGGUGAUCAGGAGAGAGAAGUUGGGAAUUGGGAUGAUGUCUCACGUCUCAGGUAUAGGUGGAGGAAAGUGAAAAAAUUCAUGUGCAGAAGGUAUAUAAUAAGUACCAUGUAGCUAUGUAAAUCUAACUAUUGAAGAAAAUGGCCCAUCAUGGACCAUUUGAUGAGCCUGUCUCCCUCUCGAAUUUGAGCCAUUUUCCAAACCCUAGCAAAACUUCACCAUCAUCAUCUUCCUCAAAAUUCACGAUUCUCAAUCUGUCACACUCUCUUCAAUUUCUCCAAUUCACUUCUUUCUCUUCUCAAUUUUCACUCAUCAAACCCUAAUUCAACUCAUCUCUCUCUCACACCAAACCCUAAUUCACUCUCCAAAACUCUAUUCAAGCGAAGAUCAAAGUUUUCAGAGUCAGUGGAUCAACCUAAAUCCAGAUCGAGAUUUUGGAUAGUGAUGUCUGUGAACAAUAAUAACACUUCUAAAGGCAUUGGUGCCUCUUCAUCAUCAUUUGGUAAUGCUGGAAUACCUUCACCUUCUAUGUCUACAAAUCCUGUGUUUUCACAAGCCCAGGCUCAAGCUCAAGCCCAAGCCCAAGCUCAAAUUGCUGCUAGUUUUCAAGGGCAGUUUCCACAGUCUCAAGCUCAUGCUAUUGUCCAAGCACAAUCUAAGGCUCAGGCAGCUCAUGCGCAAGCUGCGGCAGUAGCUCAUGCUCAACUCCAAGCUCAUUUGCAAGCUCAAGGGUUGACUCUUAACCAGAAUCAGGUUGGUGGUUUAGGGAAUUUGGGAGUUUCGUCGUCGUCGAUGUCCACACCGGGGAGUGGUAGUGUGAAACGUGGUCCUUUUAAACCACCUAUGAGGCCUGUUGGGUUUUUGCCUCAGAAUAAUUUUUCACCGUUGAGACCAAUGGAACUCACGCCUGCUGCACGGAGGAAGAAGCAGAAGCUUCCUGAGAAACAGUUGCAGGAAAGGGUGGCUGCUAUACUGCCAGAAUCUGCUCUUUAUACACAGCUUCUUGAGUUUGAGUCUCGUGUUGAUGCUGCGCUUUCUAGAAAGAAGGUUGAUAUUCAGGAAGCGCUGAAGAAUCCGCCUUGUAUUCAGAAAACUCUUCGUAUCUAUGUAUUUAACACUUUUGCGAAUCAAAUUCGCACGAUACCUAUGAAACCAAAUGCUGAGCCUCCGACAUGGACACUGAAGGUAGUUGGGAGGAUAUUGGAAGAUGGUAUUGACCCUGAUCAGCCGGGUGUAGUUCAAAAGUCGUCUCCGAUGUAUCCAAAGUUCUCGGCUUUUUUCAAAAGAGUAAUCAUUUCUUUGGAUCAGAGGCUAUAUCCCGAUAACCAUGUUAUUGUGUGGGAGAAUUCUCGAUCACCCAGUCCUCAAGAGGGUUUUGAAGUGAAGAGGAAAGGGGAUAAAGAAUUUCUGGUGAAUAUACGUCUGGAAAUGAAUUAUGCACCUGAGAAGUUUAAGCUUUCGCCAGCAUUGACUGAAGUUCUUGGUAUUGAGGUUGAAACCCGUCCAAGAAUUAUUGCUGCGAUAUGGCACUAUGUGAAGGCUAGAAAACUGCAAAACCCUAAUGACCCUUCUUUCUUUCACUGCGAUCAGGCUCUUCAGAAAGUAUUUGGGGAAGAAAAAGUGAAGUUUACAACGGUUUCGCAGAGAAUAUCACACCAUUUGUUCCCUCCAGCGCCUAUAGUUUUGGAGCACCAGAUUAAACUAUCGGGAAAUAGUCCAGCUGGGAGUGCUUGUUAUGAUGUAACGGUCGAUGUUCCUUUUCCUAUUCAGAGGGAGUUGUCUGCAUUAUUGGCUAAUGUUGAGAAGAACAAAGAGAUCGAAACAUGUGAUGAAGCUAUAUGUGGAAUCAUUAGAAAAAUCCAUGAGCACCGUAGGAGACGGGCAUUCUUUCUUGGUUUCAGUCAAUCUCCAGUAGAAUUUAUUAAUGCCUUGAUUGAAUCUCAAAGCAGGGAUCUGAAAGCUGCAGCUGGAGAACCUAGUCGCAGUGCUGAAAAAGAGCGCCGAGCAGAUUUUUUCAACCAACCAUGGGUUGAAGAUGCUGUUAUUCGAUAUUUGAAUCGCAAACCAGCUGCAGGAAGUGAUGCUCCAGGAAGCACAUGAUACCUAGAGUUGUCCUAGUGCUCCUUAUUUGAAAUCAUUCAUCCCCUUUUGCUAUCCAUUUCAUAUAAAUCAUGGGAAUUUCAAAGUAGCUAGUUUUUCAUCUUGAAUGCUGUAUUUGUGAAUACUGCUCCAUAGUAUAUGGAUCGUGUGAGCACUGCAACUAUCGUGUGAGCACCGCAACUAGCUGCAGUGCUGAUAAUUUAUUAGCUAGUUAGGAGGAGAAAAAUGGUAGCACCAUAGUUUCAUGUUUCUGUAGUUGUUGUAGUCCACAGUGGUGAAUUCUUUGGUUACUAUGACAUUAUGAAAAAUUGUAUUAGGAAGGAUUAAUUAAUUUAUGUACAGUAUCUUAGGUUGUCUUGUAACACAACACAGGUGAGGAGAAAAGAUAUGUUGCAUGUCUCUAAA